UACAGAGAGGCGAAGGGGGAGAAACAGCAGAUGAGGGUCACUGGGGCUUUCCACUGUGUAGGACUAGAAAAGACAUUAGAAGUAGGUAAGACCGAGUGAGGAGGGGGAACAAAUCAGAGACAGUACGUCAGAAAUAGAGUGGAGGCAGAUGAACCUGAGCAGCAACUGCUUGAUCAUCAGAAAAGCCAAGGCGAUCCACAGAGUUCACUUCUGGAUUUUAUCUUCUGAGCUACCAUACCGAUUUAGCCAAUUUUCAGGUAUAGAAACAGCUUGAAAAGACGCAGGCUUUUACAGUUUAGAGAGUUUACACGCAGGUGGAGGGCUGUUGACGAAUAGGAUACAAAAUGUGCAAAGAAGAUCAGUUCGAGUAUGGUGACAGAUGCUGUCAACGCUGUAAUGCAGGAGAGUACAUGAAGACAGCAUGCGAUGACACAAAAGAGACCGAGUGUGCCACAUGUCAAUAUGGGUUCUACACAGACUCUCAAAAUCAUGUGGACAAAUGCCAUCGCUGCAAGCAAUGCCUUCUCAGUAUCAAACAGCAGACACUCAAUGAAUGCAAAGCUGAAGCAAACACAGUGUGCAAGUGUGUGUCAGGUUUCUACUGCAACGAUGCUGAAUGUGAACACUGCUUGCCUGUAACCCGCUGCCAAGUGGGUGAAGGGGUCAAGACUCCAGGCGACGGCACGAGUAACGUAAUCUGUGCUCCAUGUGGAAAGGGGACCUUCAGCAACGUAACAGAUUAUGUGUCACCCUGUAAACCUCACACCAGAUGUGAGGACUACGGAGGAGUGCUGAAAAUUCCAGGAGAUAGUGAAAGAGAUGCAGUUUGUGGAAACUUCAAAUCUGAUUGUUAUUGGAUGUUGCCAGCAGGUUUGUGGUCAGGGCUCGUGUUGACCGCAAUCGUCAUCGUGUUGAUUUUCAUCCUCUGGAGAAAGAAAUGCAAAACGUACAAUGCAGCUCGAUCCAGUAUUUGUGUUACUCCAGUAGCAGUGGUUCCCAUUCCAGAUGUAAUGCCUCGAGAGCAGCCUUCUUACUGCCAAGAAACCUGCAUCAUGCCCGACUGCAAGUUACCAAUUUUUAACGAAGAUGAUCCUUUGGUCAUUUCCUGCACAGAGGACACCUUGAACACCAGCCACCCCAUAACUCCACUGAAAGCUUCCGUUUCCUUUGUCGAAUCCAGUAACACGAAUGGAAACGCGAGUUACUGCAACAACUUCUUCAGGUCGCAAUCCGAGCCACAGGAGGACGAGUACUGUGGGACAUAAUCCAGUGUAACGGCAUACUUACCCAACCUCAGACCCUCACUGGAUCGGAGGCAAUGCAGUUCUUUUCAAGACCUUUAAACCCUUUUAAUACCAAAAGAGAGAGACUGGGCUCUCUUUCAGGUCCCUUGAAGGUUGACUGAUGCCACCUGCAGGACACUCAUGAGAAUUUCCUCUCAAAUGAAGUGACAUUUCUGUGCUGUCCUGACCACACAGCUGAAAAAACACUGGUGAUGCACAGUGGUGUCCUGUUCUCAGGAAUAAUCUGAUAUGUUUUGUUUUUGUUUAGUUUUGUUACAACAAUUCUCACGAAAUGACCAAAAAAAAUUAAGCGGUGAUAGUAACAAACAGAGCCUAAUAUAGUUUACAUUUUAAGUGAGCCAAAGUGACGCAGUGCGUGAUAUCAUCCUUCAUCAUCCCACAUCCUGCUGCUGCUAUGAGUAUUUUUGAGCAGCAGGAAUAAAUCCUACAAAAAUAGCAUCAUUUCCACCCAUUUCAAAAACAUUUUUAGGUAUCCCGAUGACCAAAGGCUUUUUCUUUGCUUUUAAAAGAUUUGCUUUCUUUAUAGGAACAAAUCGUUUUAUUGCUGAUAAGAUAGUGAAAUCAGAAAAUACAUGAAUCUUUGUAGCUUUUCCUUGGAUUUGUUGAUAGUGGGAAAUCUACUGCUAUCCUGACCGUUUAAUGGAAUCUGUAUAUAUUGAGUUGUUUAACUUAUAUUGUUCCCACUUAAGUCAGUAAUUCAGAUUUGAAUGUAUUGUAUAUGUAAAUCAUUAUAAUGCGCAUGAACACACUGAUUCAAGUUUUCCUUUCUGCCAUGCAGCACACAUCAGUAAAUAGUCAGCUUCACAUAGACUUUGAACCAGGGAACAGGAGGUUAAAGGCUAAUGUCUGAGCUGACUCUGUCAGACUGUUUUGUUGUUUUGUUGUCGUUUUUGCAUUUUUUUUACUUUGGUACUUUCUGUAAAAGUUCAGGGCUGCAGUUCAUGAGUGAAAAUGACUUUAGAUAUGAAGCAGCAACACGCACACACACACACACACACACACAUUUUGUAUAAUUUAAAACACGGAAUAGAAACACGACAGAUGCAUGAAUUAUGACUUCUUUAUAACAUUGUGCAAUAUGGGGAAGGAUGCAGUCAUUCUGCUAAACUGCUCUCUUCUCUUUGUUAAACCCAUCAGACAUAUUCAGUUCAUAUUCUGUUUUCAAUAUUCAGUACUGCUGAUUAUAAUAAAAAUGCUAUAAACGUGA